AGAAAAUUACUUUACCGCCAAACCUUCUACCUAUGCCUAAACUAAUAUUUUACUUAUUUAACGGACUUUUUAGCUAUAAAAUGGUUGGCGUUUUGAUAUAUUUUAUUCUCUAUUAACCAGUUUUGCAAAACAUGUCAACAGUUUCGUAUUUUUUAUAAUGUAAAUGAUAAUAAAAACGCGGGUCCUAUACAUAUUUAACAAUUUUCAUUUUGCAUCUAACUUUUUACGUUUUCCUGUAUUGGCAUCACAAGACACCUGUUUCAAGUGAAAAACGUGGUCAUGGUCAACUGCACGCAGUGUGACCGUACCUAGAUUACAUCUCGCAGGAAUCGGAAAAAAUCUCCCCCAACAAAAACAACGGAAGCGUGCUGCAACACAAUUUGAAUUGAAUACGAACAACAAGGAUUAGUAAAGUUUGUCUGCAAAUUUACGGCUACAAACUAGUAAGUGAUACAGACUCUAAUUGACACACACACAAUAGAUUUUCUCAAGUGUGCCAUCGCGAUGGCUGCCCCAGCAGCCUGUACGCGUUUUUCGGACAAUUACGAUAUCAAGGAAGAGCUCGGCAAGGGUGCUUUUUCAAUAGUAAAAAGAUGUGUCCAAAAAUCAACUGGAUUCGAGUUUGCCGCUAAAAUUAUAAAUACCAAGAAACUAACAGCAAGAGAUUUCCAAAAGCUAGAACGAGAAGCUAGGAUUUGUAGGAAAUUGCACCAUCCUAAUAUUGUUCGAUUGCAUGACAGCAUACAGGAGGAAAACUAUCACUAUCUUGUUUUUGAUCUUGUAACUGGUGGUGAACUUUUCGAAGAUAUUGUUGCACGUGAAUUUUAUUCAGAGGCUGAUGCAUCACAUUGUAUUCAGCAAAUAUUGGAAUCUGUCAAUCACUGCCACCAGAACGGUGUGGUGCAUCGAGAUCUCAAGCCAGAGAAUUUACUAUUAGCAAGUAAGGCAAAGGGUGCAGCUGUGAAACUCGCGGACUUUGGUCUAGCCAUUGAAGUACAAGGUGAUCACCAAGCCUGGUUCGGAUUUGCCGGUACCCCUGGGUAUCUAUCGCCCGAGGUAUUGAAAAAGGAACCAUAUGGCAAAUCGGUAGAUAUAUGGGCAUGUGGAGUGAUACUCUACAUACUGCUGGUCGGGUAUCCACCGUUCUGGGACGAGGAUCAACACCGCUUGUAUUCACAAAUCAAGGCCGGGGCCUACGAUUAUCCUUCGCCAGAAUGGGACACGGUUACGCCAGAGGCAAAAAAUCUGAUCAAUCAAAUGCUCACUGUAAACCCAAAUAAGCGAAUAACCGCAGCUGAAGCCCUUAAACAUCCAUGGAUUUGUCAACGAGAGCGUGUUGCUUCUGUAGUACAUCGCCAGGAAACCGUGGAUUGUCUCAAGAAAUUCAAUGCUCGUCGCAAGCUUAAGGGAGCUAUACUCACCACAAUGCUGGCAACUAGGAAUUUCUCCAGCAGAAGCAUGAUCACCAAAAAGGGAGAUGGAUCUCAGGUGAAGGAAUCAACCGAUUCCUCUAGCACAACACUAGAGGACGAUGACGUCAAAGAAGAUAAAAAAGGGAUCGUUGAUCGCAGUACCACAGUCAUAUCAAAAGACCCAGAAGAAAUAAGGAUUGUGUGUCCUGCAAAAACUUGCCAGCAAAUAUCAGGAAACUCACAAUGCUCUUCAGCAGCCAGACGACAGGAAAUAAUCAAGAUCACAGAGCAGUUGAUUGAAGCCAUCAACAGCGGCGACUUUGACGGAUAUACUAAAAUAUGUGAUCCACAUCUAACUGCUUUUGAGCCGGAGGCAUUGGGAAACUUGGUCGAAGGAAUUGAUUUUCACAAAUUUUAUUUCGAGAAUGUACUUGGCAAAAAUUGCAAAGCCAUUAACACAACAAUAUUAAAUCCCCACGUACACUUACUGGGAGAAGAAGCCGCUUGUAUCGCCUAUGUAAGACUUACACAGUACAUUGACAAGCAAGGACACGCACAUACUCAUCAAUCGGAGGAGACACGCGUUUGGCACAGACGCGACAAUAAAUGGCAAAACGUUCACUUCCAUCGAAGUGCAUCUGGCAAGAUCAGCGGGGCAACGACUUUCGAUUUUAUGCCACAGAAGUAGGCGGAGUCCGCAGAAAUUCAAAGAUAGUAUAAUUAAUUCGCUCCGAUAGCCUAAUAUGAUCUAUGUGUGUAUGAAUCUUUAUAAUAAACAGCUGAAACAACAAUAGUUCAACUCAACUUGUGUGCACUUCUAAGCAAAUCGAAGAGAUAGGAAAAAAAAAGAAAAAUAAUAUUCAAAAUGUGUGUUUCUUUGCCCUUUUAUAAUUUACAAUCUAUUUAAUUACUAUGUUGUAUAUGCAAACGAAAGAGUAAAAUGCUUUAUGAAAGCGUAAUAUCUAUAAAUAUGUAUUAUACAAAAUUAAUGUAACCACGAUGUGUCCAGUAAAUAUUCAAAAACGUAUCCACAACUAUUUGAUCUAAAAGCUAUGACUAUUUUUAAUUGUAAACCCAAAAAAAAAAAUAUAUAUAUAUAAAAGCAAAGGAAACGGAUUACAAAUUGUCCCCAGAUAUCGAAAGGAUUACAAACUUUCAAGACACUUAAAAAGAAAAAAAACAUAAAAUAUUUCAAUUCAAAAUGCAUAAAUCGGAUGUAAUAUUUCAUUCAUAUACAUAUAAAUAGUUAGUUCUUUGCUAUCGAACAGAUAUAAAUACAUAAAUGUAUCUAGAGAAAGGCUCUGUUUAAAAAAAGAUCUCUAUUAGCACACACACACACACACAUCGACCGUCAGCAUAUUAAGUUUUAGCAUACUAUUCACAUAAUUGUACGUACCUUCAUGUAAAAUUUAAGCAGAUUAUUCAAUUGUAAUUGUCUAAUGUAUAAUUGUGUGUGCAUUUAUGUGCAUAUAUGUUUAUGUACUUUUCAAUGCAUACCCACAACUUAUUACCAUAUUACCAUUCAUUUUGGGAUACUACAAGUGUGAAAUUAUAAAAGAUAUCGAAGCUAGGAAACUAUUAUAAUAUUGCAAAGCAUUAGUUAAUAAAUAUGUACACUAAGCAUUUACAAAUUUAACUACAC